AUGAUCUCACCACCUUACUGUCACAAUCUUGUACAGUUCGGUAGACUUGUACAAAAACAAUCUCUAUUGAUUGCAAAGCGCGAAUCUAGCAAUAUGACUCACCCUACAGACAUCCCUAACGUUUUCGAUGGAUCAGUGGAUCUUGGAAUCAUCGGAGGAACAGGUCUUUACAAACUGGAAUGUUUGGAGGCCAUUGCAAUUUUACCAGCGAUGGCGACGCCUUGGGGCACAACGUCCUCGCCCAUCACAAUUUCUAAAGUGGUGGGAGCCUCCGAUGAGCACUUCCAUGUAGCAUUCAUUUCCAGACACGGGCUGCACCACCAAUAUUCGCCAUCCACGGUUCCUUUCAGAGCCAACAUGGCUGCUUUGAAGCAUCUACAAUGUAAAGCCGUUCUUUCUUUCAGUGCUGUUGGUUCUUUGCAACAACAUAUCAAACCCCGGGAUUUUGUCUUGCCCCAGCAAAUCAUCGACAGGACAAAAGGCAUCCGAGAAUCAUCCUACUUGAACGAUGUCGGGCUCGUUGGCCAUGUAGGGUUUGGAGAACCAUUUUCUAAAGCUUUUGCCCAGUAUAUCAACCAGUUUCAGGACGUUUUGAAGCACUCCGAUCCUGAAGACUCUUGUGCUCUUCACUUGAACAACGAAACCACUGUCGUUUGCAUGGAGGGUCCUCAGUUUUCAACCAGAGCCGAAUCCAAGAUGUAUAGAAUGUUGGGUGGUGAUGUUAUUAACAUGAGCGUGUUGCCAGAGGCUAAAUUGGCCCGCGAAUGUGAACUUCCAUACCAAAUGGUGUGUAUGUCCACUGACUACGACGCUUGGCGAGAUGAGGCGGAACCAGUCACUGUGGAGACUGUGAUGGGUAACUUGCACAAUAACAGCUCUAAUGCGAAUGCUCUAGCCUCUACUAUCAUUACCCAUAUGGCUAACGAUAUGCCAGAAUUCAUGAUAACUGGUGACGGCCUGAAGGGUUCUCUCAAAUUCAGUAUUUCCACAAAACCUUCUGCUAUGUCCAAAGAAACCUUAGCAAAGUUGAAAUUCUUGCACUUGGACUAUUGGUGA